CUACGGGAAUUGUUGUGGCUUUCCGCGGGACCAACCCUUUCAACAUGUGGGACUGGUUGAUUGAUGAGAGAGCCAUCUUGUCACCAAUACCAGAGAGAUUCAAGAUCAAGUCCGCGAGAGCGCAUCGAGGCUUUGUUCAAGCGCUGGCGCCAGAAGACGGGCGGCCAUACGAGCAGCUUUCGGGUCAAGACCAGGAGGCGGUGAUGAACAAUGGCAUUCCCUACGAUGUGCUGAGGAGGGAGGUUAUCGAUCUGUUGAGGAAGGAACGGGAUCAGAAUAAUGUGCGCCUCUACGUGACCGGACACAGCUUGGGGGGGGCGCUGGCCGCACUUUUCACACUGUUCUUGUGGGCGGAAGACCCUGACAAUCUUAUUCGGUCACGACUGGGAGCUCUCUACACCUUUGGCCAACCGCGGACGGGGGAUGCACUGACAAACUUGUCGCUGGAAAAGCUCAACUCUCAUAGAGACAGCAUUUUCCGGUAUGUGCGUGUUCUUGACCGUGAUGAUAUCGUGCCGAGGGUUCCGCCAGCUCCGCAUUACCAGCAUUCAGGAUUACUGUUUUACUUGAAGAAAAAGACUGUUGCGGAGAUUAUCCAAGUGGAACGGAGAUACAAAGAGCGAAGACCAAGCGGAACUGACGCGAUGUCUAACCGCGAUCACGAUCGGGAACGGAGGGAUAACCGCCGGGAUGGACGACGAGAAGAUUGGAGGGACGGACAACGCGGCGGGGGACGUGAGUAUUACCAAGAAGAAAGGUACGACGCACAACGGGAGCGUGGUGAGACGUCUGGAGAAUACCGACGACACGUGCCGCCAACAUGUUUUGAAUGUGGCCAAGUUGGCCAUUAUCGUAAUCAAUGUUGGAAAAUAACGGGCGAAGGCGGCUCACAACCUGGUGAAGGCAGAGUAGUGCAACAGGGAGGAUCACGGGAAACCUCGCCAGAGCGUUUGAAGCUGAAGAAGCAGAUCGAAGAGUUGGGUGCUUCGUUGGCAUCCAUGCACGGGCACAUUGAGCAGGAGAAACAGAAGAAGCUCGAGAGGGAGAAACGCAAGCAAGAAAAGUUGGAGAAACAACGGCGAGACAUUGCGGAGCGAGAAGCACAAGAGAAGAAGAUGGCGCGGAAGAACGCCAAGGUCAAAGAGACCGAGGAAUUGAAGAUGCAGAUGAGAAAGGAAAUGAGGAUGGAAGCUGCUUUAGUCGCUAGUGAGCUGCGCGAACAGAUUUCGGGAGGAUUCUGCGAACAACUAACGGACGAUAUGCUACGAGCACUAGCAACAGCAACUAUCGAUCGUAAAGGGAAGAAGAAGGUAGCAUUGCCUUCAUCACCAAGAAGGUCUUCGACAAGUGGUAACGAUACGAGUGACGAGGAGUUGACUAGGCGACGAACCAGGAAGACGACGGGGAAGGAGAAGCGAAAAAGAAGCGGGGAAAAAGCAGUGGGGAGCAGCCCACCGAUGAUGCAAUCGGCAAAGAGGACACCUAGGACAACGAGAGUUAAGCCUGUGCGACUAGCAACUAAACUACAAUGCACGACUGACAAGUCGAAGGAGAUGAAGACUCCGCCACGCUUUACACCACGAAGGUGGACUCCACGUACGAAGAUCGCUGCCAUGACGGGAGCGGUGGGAAGAGCACAAUUCAUCUGCGAUAACAUCCGCGCUCUAGCCGAUUUGGGCGCUGAUGAACUCAAGGACAUCUGUAGGAAGGAGGACGUUGUGUACGAGAGGAAGACUAUUGCAGCUAUGAACAUCACAAAGAAACGAGCAAUUGUGGCUUACGGGAGCGAGGAGGAGGAGAUUUGCAGCAGUGAAAAUGAGAAGGAGGGGAUCGAGCAGGAAAGCGCCGACGGACCUGAAGGUGAUAUCAGAUGGUUGUCGAAAUGCGUCGACUCAUGGUGGGUUCGGUGUCCGAUGGAGAUUUGCAAUGCGCCUGCCACGUUUCAGCGAGCGAUGAACAUGACGUUCCAGAACUUUGUCGGCAAGACACGGCUGACGCAAGGAAUGAUUAACUUUUGCGUGAUCGUGUACAUGGAUGACAUCCUGGUCUAUUCAGAAACCUAUCAUGGGCACGCGCAACACAUCGAAUGGACAUUGGGUGCAUUGAGAGACGUUGGGUUCAAGAUUGCGCUUGAGAAGAGCGAAUUUUUCCUCUCGGAAAUUUCGUUCUUGGGCUAUGUCGUGACACGUGGAGGAUUGCGGCCAGAUUCGAGAAAAGUUGCGGCGGUGAAGGAAGCUCCGGUUCCUACAUCACUGACGCAGGUUCGAGCCUUUUUGGGACUGGCGUCGUACUACCGGCGCUUCAUCAAGGGCUUUGCCACGAUUGCACGACCACUAGCGAAUCUGUUACGGAAGGACCAGCCUCUCAGCUGGGACGCGGAGUGUCAGCAGGCCUUUGCAACCCUCAAGGACGCUCUGGCAAUGGCCCCUAUUUUGAUUCGACCGGACCCCUCGAAGCAGUUCAUUCUCAUCACGGACUGGCAACCGGAAGCUAUUUCCGCUAUUCUAGCACAGAAGGGGAACGAUGGUCGCGAACACGUCAUCGAGCAUCCUACGGCGGAGCAGCAACAAUAUCUUGAUCCCCGAACGGUUCGCGAUCCUGCCUUCUUCAGGCAUCCUACGGCGGAGCAGCUUGCGGCCAUUCGAGAAGAAGAAAGCGAGGAAGGAGAAGAGAAGCACGACGAAGAGCCUGCUGGAUCGGAGUGGGAAGUCGUGCCAGAAGAAGCGUUGCGUACAGGUACGGAGGCUGAGGAUCCCGAGGCGGCCCGCAAAAGAGAAGAGAUCGCGGCCGGGAAGAAGGAGUUGGAAUUCGCAAGCGCAGUGAGUCUGCGCACCCACGACGACCCAAGCCGGGAUUCGGAGCCGCCCCGGCCUGAAGAUGGCGACCUCACAGCCACGACUCCGACCCCAUCAGCGCGGCGACGGAGCCGAUCCCCCUCCUCCUCAACCCGUCCCCCAGUUCGCCGACGUACCGAUACGGGUGAUCGGCCUUCGAUGAUGAUGGUGGUGAUGGUGAGCAUCACCAGUGAUGAUGACUUGAUGAUGACGAUGAUGAUGAUGGUGAUGGCGAGCAUCACUAAUGAUGAUGAUUUGAUGAUGAUGAUGAUGAUGAUGAUGAUGAUGAUGAUGAUGAUGACGAUGGUGAUGAUGAUGAUGAUGAUGAUGAUGAUGGUGAUGGUGAUGGUGAUGGUGAUGGUGAUGAUGACGCAAAUGAUGGUGUUGAUGGCGAGCACCUUUGAUGAUAGUACCCUGAUGAUAAUGAUGGUGGUGACAAGCGGCACCCUGAUGAUGACGACGAAACAUUUUCGUGAUGACGAUGUCGAUGAUGAUGAUGAACCACGCCCUGUUGAUGAUGUCGAUGAUGAUGAUGAUGACGAGCAGCACCCUGAUGAUGAUGAUGCUAGCAAACCUUGAUGAUGAUAAUGACGAUGAUCAGCUUGAUGACGAACUGCGCCCCUGUUAGCUUCGUUAUGAUGGCGCGACCUGAUAGUGAUAGUGAUGGUCUAGGAUGAUGGCGAGCCGUACCCCAAUGGCAGGCCGUUACUGUAAUCUCUCACACUUCAGGGUACCUAGGGCUAACUCCACUGCACUCCACAGACAUCGACAAAGCCAACGCCUCUCAGGACGAAAGCCACGUGCAGCAACGCAGCGGCAAUGAAGCAAAACGUGGAAC